UAUUGGGUUCGAAAGUCGUGUUUCUUAAUUUAGUGGUGUACAACCACUUGAAGCGGGAUUUCCAAAACAACAGUUUGGAGGGAAGCAGUUUUAUUUUAUGGCCCUUACUUGUAAAGAAUCCAACAGAACAUAGAAGUAAUGUCCAAAAAGCAGAAAUUAAUAAAAAGCGCUGAAACAGGAAAGGUAAAGCAGCAUGGAGGAGAGUUGAACAAAAAACAGAGUCCUAAAUUAGCAGCUGAAAUGGAGUCUGUCCGUAUAACAAGAUCCUCUCCACAGGUAGCAGCCACCACACCGUCAUCAUUGUACGAUUUUAUGGGAGAAUCGCCUCUAAGCGACAGCAGUAAAAACAACAGUAAGAAGCAAGUUGUGUCUAAAUCUGACGAGAAAAAAAAGGUAAAGAAAACAACUGGUAAAGGGAAAAGUACAAAAACAAAGCAGGUGAGCAGUGACAAAAUUAAAUUGAAAGCUGGCAGUACGAAAACAGCAGAUGCUGUUUCCAAAGCAACGGUGACACCUAAAGGAAGAUCUUCAAAAGUUAUUAUCUCAAUACAAAAUGCAAAUGUUGAGCAACAGAAAGAAACAAAGCAGGGAAAUAGUCGAUUCAGGGCAUUGAAGCCCAUUCCUCAACCAAAUUUGGAUGAUAUCUCACCAAUUAUACGCGAUAGAAAAUCAAAAACGCCAACGCGAAUGAAAAGAUCCAGUGACUCUAAAACAGUUGAAAAUGACUCUGUUGAAAGAAAGAAACUUAGAUCCUCCACUAAUGGCACUGAAAGUAAGUUUUCUGGAAGUGUUUCAUAUAUGGAGGCAGAAGAGAGCAGUUCUUCUAACGAUAGUGCAAUCUUUGUGUCCCCCAGACAGACCAUGCCUAGAUUUAAUGCGGCUAAAACUUCAACCCCAGCUGAGGUUUCUGGUAAAAGUAAAAAAUUGGCAACGAAAAAGGUCUCUAAACAUGCAGCAAAAAAUACAUCAACACCUAACGAGUUUAAGCCGAAGAAAAAUUUCACGGGACUAAAAGAGAACAUUGCAAAGCUGUCGCCUGUUCAACGGUUAGAUACGCCAACAUCUGAUUAUGGUUCCAUGGAAAUAAUCCCUACACCCAGCCCUAAAAAAGCAAAUAGAAGGAAAAGAGAAAGCUCCCCAGCAUUUACUUUGGAUGAAGAUGAUUCAGGUGAAAAUAUCAACCUUAAUAAAUCAGUCGACAAAUCCUAUAAAAGAUCCAAGAAGAAGUUUGAAACUGGUUAUGGCAGGUUAUCUACUUCAAAGAUUGAUGAGUGGGCAGACAAAGUAAACUCUGAAUUGGAGGACAUUGAAAACUUUGAGCUAAGUGUGGAAGGAUAAAGACUGCAUUUUGUCAAAGAUAGACAGUCACUAACAAAUAAGCAUUCUCAAGUUCAGCAAUGUUCAGCAGCGGAUGUAUGAAGAUUUCUACAAUGUCAAAAAUGGCAGAAACUUUUAGGGUGUGCUAAUUGUACAAUAUACAGCAUACAGAGGUUUUAAUAGUGUCAACUUGUACUUGUAAAGAGUAUGACAUUGUAUAACAGAUGUUUACUGCGAGUAAACGUUGGUAUUUUACAGCGUUUUGGUCAUAAUCAAGUUAAUGUGUGUUAUAAUUAUGAAUGAAUAUUACAUGUAGUUUGGAACUUUGGAUAAAUCAUUUUUUUUUGUUGAUAUUUUUGAAGUCCUAUGAUUUUAAUAAACUUUUAUCUGUUUUAUUGGCGACACAAAUGAAUUAACUUAAAUAGGCAGAUUUUUUAUAUGAAAGAUGGUUAAAAGAUAUACUAUGCUUUUUCCUUUUAUAAGGUAAAAUACUUUUAUCGCAGAAAUUUAUUGAAAUCUAGAAAUACUGAAUUGAAUUUGUUUUAAUUUGAAUAAGAGAAUACACAAACUAUGUUUGGGCAGCUGUAUUUUUUUUUUACUGGUCACAUAAUCGUAUACAGAUGAUCUUUUCUUAAAACUGCCUUUUGUGUUUACCUUUAGUGUGUAGAGUCUGGGACUUUUUCUCCCAGGUAGAUUUUAAAUUGUAAUAUAUUUUCUCUGUAUGUACUCAAAAGUUGUUUAUUUUAUUUAUUUAAAAAAGAGACUAAUUAUCGAUAUUUUUAAAUGUCAGAUUUGAGACUUGACAUGAAAAAAAAAUCUAUAUACAAAAAUCAGUAGAUAUGAGACUCAUAAAUGAACUUUGUAUAUAUGAAUUCUGAUAUAAAUAUAAUGUACAUAAGAAUGAUAAAAUUUGCAUGAUACACUUCAGAAAUAAGGAUCGUGAUCUUUGUAUUUGAUAUAUUUAAAACAUAGGUUAAUGAAAUGAUAAACGGCAAAUUUCAGCUAAAGUGUAUUGUAUUUCAUCACCUAAUACUUCAUAUAAAUAGAGCAAUAAUCAAACUGUGCAUAUUUACUAUGAUCCAAAUCAUAAUGUGUAGUAAAAUAUAUGAGCCGCGUCACGACAAAACCAACAUAAUGGGUUUGCGACCAGCAUGGAUCCAGACCAGCCUGCGCAUCCGCGCAGUCUGAUCAGGAUCCAUGCUGUUCGCUUACAUACUCUAUAACAAGUAGAGAAACUGAUAGCGAACAGCAUGGAUCCUGAUCAGACUGUGCGGUUGCGCAGGCUGGUCUGGAUCCAUGCUGGUCGCAAACCCAUUAUGUUGGUUUUGUCGUGACGCGGCUCAUAUUCAUAUGAAUUUCUUGUCAUAUGAACAAAUUAUGAAAUGGUAUGGGUUUGAUUGACUUAUUUAUGAAUAUUGUGCUUAAAUCCCCCCACCCACUUAAAAAUUAUUGCAUCGACUCUUAUACAUGUAUGUUAUUGUACAAUUCAAUAAGUUAUAAUAGCCAAUAGUUUUCACAUUAAAUCUUCAUCACUACAUGUAUAUGCGACCAGAUUUACUGGAUGAUGUAUGUCAUAUAUAUAUAUAAAUUAUUUGACAAAUGUCUCGCUAUUCAAUAGGGGAUACACUUUAAUUUCACUGAAUGUAAUGUUCUUUGGUGUUGUGUGUGAACAGUUUAGUGUUAACUGAUUUUGUUGAUAAAUUAUUGUAAGGAGUGUUUUACAAAGGUUAUAUUAUUAGUAUUUCCCAUUAUUUUCUUCUUUUUAUUUUAAUUGUGGGUUGUUUGUUCGGUAUCUAGGUGUUGUGCUGAAAGAUGUUUGUAUUAUGAAUCAAAUAUUCAUGAAAAUAUUUGGCAUUUUCUCAAAUUAUUAUAUUAAGGUCAUUUUAACUGACAAAUCUGUAGUUAUUUUUUACAUAGUAUGACACCUUAUUUUAGGGAUGUCCUGAAUAUGUUAAAAUAGUAAACUUUAUUUGUUACAACUGUUCUUUAUCAGUUAUCACAUUUUUAAAAAAACUUCUAAUGACAGUAAACAAUAAAGGGUCUUCACAUCCCUUUAAUUUUUAGCGUACCAGUGUACAUGUAUUAUGUUUUUAUAUAGGGGUAAGAUUUUAGGAUGGAAUGUUGUCCUUCUUUAAGGCCUAAAAAAAAUAUGUUUGUUUCGGGUAACCCGACCCUACCUAUAAAAAAGCGCCGACCCUAACUAUUUUUUUUCCGUUUCUGAACAAACAAAAAAAUUCGUAGAGAGUUUCACAGGGCGGAUAAAUGUGAAUUGAAUGCUUGAGACGCUGUCUUAAAACUCUCAGACGAUUUAGAUCGGUCAUUUUUAGUUAUACGUGUUUGGAUUGGCUCGUGCUGUAUUGCGGUCCAAUAAAUAUCACGCUAUUGGAAACAAAAAUUCUACAUGAAGACGAUAUUUUUAGAAGGUAAUUCCUACCGGAAGUAUUCUCCGGCUUCCGUUUUACAUACAUUGACAUAGAGCGGAACGGGGAACCACGCACGUGUUGCGGGAGAACACUUCCGAUUUAGGAAUUUCUUAUACAUGUGGAAUUUUUCUUAAAAUACAGGCACAUAGGACUUAGUGCCACUCGUGGAGGAUAAAAUCAUUUAAAAGUAUGUAAAAUCCAGUUGUUUGCAUGUGUGUUCGACCCGUUUGAUCUCUUUGUUGAUGUAGUAUUUCAAGCGUAAAUACCAGGCUACAAUAUACAUGUCAUGACGGUCUCAUCUUUCGGACCUGGGUGAUUUCCGACUUUCUGGCUUUAUUGUGGUAAUUUCCGUGUAAAUAAGGAUCUGUUCAUAGACAGUUUUGAUAGAAAAAUAUAUAUUGCAUUGAUUCCAUGCGAAAAUCCGACGAUAUUAGAGUCUACCUGCCGGUGGAAAAUUUGGACACCGAGAACAGACAUACCCAUAAUUUUCGUACUUGGAUGUUGUGAAUUUUUUUUUUUUUAGUAUAUUGAUAUUUCAUUGCAUAAAUAACAAGGUUAAACACAGACAGUAGAUAGAGGCAAAUGAGACCUUAGUCCCACUGAAAAUCAAGUGCACUUGAGUAUAAAGUAUAGCCACAGGUCAUAUGUACAUAGCUAUUCUGGAGACCUGCAAUGCUUUUCCAGUAUAUCAUUCAUCCUUUUUUGCAUACUGAAACAAAUUUUUAGCCAGACUUGGAGUCUGACUCUGUACUGUGCAUCAUUUUGUUUCAUACCGGGACAAAUGUAUCCCAUUUUCCAUGUGUUAUUGAGAUCUAGUCUUUGCUUUUUUUUCAGAUGGGCCAUGGAUACUAUUAGACGAUACUUUGAAUGACAUCUACGAAAUGCCAAUUCAAAAAGCUUGGCUAUUGUCUUUGAUAUGUUGACAUACAUGUAUCUGAUAGAAAAUAAACAGUAUUUGAUUGACAAGGGUGUCAUUUUACAAAUAGAAGUAUUUGCACUUUUUAUGUGAACCAGUGUAUCAAAAGUGCAAUUCAGAAUUAUAGAUUUUGUUAAAUUGUACAAAAGUGUCAAAAUAUAAACUUUGUAAUACUGUAAGAGCUUCAAGAUGUCAGCACUACAAUAGUUAAUUCAAUGAAAUGUGCAGUAUUUAAAGCAUGAAUAUCAAAUAGUGAAAAACAGAAAUAAGUCUAGAUUUUUUAACUAAAACUUUGAAAGCCAGAUCACAGCAUGUCAUUUUAGCUCUUUAAUUGUGCUUUACUCCUACCAUGCAACCAAUGUAGACUCAGAUCAGCAAAAUUGCAACCAUGCAAGCUGAUGAGAAUCUGCAAUGUUUGCUGUUCAGGUUAGAGUCAAACUUUAAAGUAGUGCCUGUAGCAAACAAACAUCAGAAUUGACACAUGUUUGGGUAUAUUGUCGUUAUUCAAAAUUGAAAUAACAUUAAAUGGCAUUAAAGCUAUGCAGAUUUUAAUCAGAAUUAUUGAUUACAUGAUAAAAUAUGAUAAUACAAAGUCAGGCAAUGUCAGUAGUGAAGGAAAGACUGCCAUGUGCAAGAAAACACUCUGAACUUACGACAGAUUUUGAAAAAAAAAAAUAAAAAAAAAUCCCUACCUACCCUACCUAGCAAUUUUGGGAAGGUUACCCUAAACAAACAAUUUUUUUUUUUUGGCCUAACCAAUAUUUAUUUUAUUCAUAUCGUGUGAUAUUAAAUUUCAAUUCAUUAAAAAUGAAUAUAGUUGAAUAAAAAUGAAAGAACAAUUUGUUAUGACAAUUAUACAUAUAUUAAAGUGUGAAUUUAACUUAAUUUUGUUUAAAAUAUUUCAUGUUUAAUUGUCAUUUAGAUUAGUUAAUUUAUAUAUAAUAACACAUCAAUGUUCGUUUCAAAUAAAAAAGGGAAACUUUUAUUAAAAGUAAAUUUUAUUGGUCUUGUACAUUUUUAAGCUUUUUAUAAGACACUUUAGUGAAAGAUGGGUUUUUUGAAGACUGUAGAACAGAAAUUAUUACAGAAAAGCAACUUUUUUCUCAUAAAUAAUUUACACCACUUACACAUUUUUGUUGUGUACCCCAUAUUGUAUUGAAAAAAAAGGCUUUCGUGAUAAUAAAAGAGGUCAUGUUAUGGUCUGUUUUCUUGAUAGCUAUUAACUUUUCCACAUCAAUUACAUCUAGGAGUGUGUUUGGAUGUUGAUUACAUUUUUGUCAUUUCAGAAUUAUUAUUAGACAAUUUUUCACUUUUCAUUAAUAACAGGUAUUUACAUAUAGCCAUGUAGUAUUAUUGACAUAAUUAUAACUAUUAAAGAAAUGGAAAAUGUAAA